AUGAUAUCACGUGAUAAACUGUCAACUCUAUCAAAUGCCGCAAAUCGAGCAUUUUAUGAUGGGAAUUUUGAAAAAGCUUUAAUACUUUAUAAUGAAGCAAUUCAAUUACAUCCAACUAAUUUCAUUCUCUAUUCCAAUCGUUCUGCAAUUUUUUUACGCCUCAAAUAUUUCCGUGAAUCAUUAGCUGAUGCUAAACAAACGUUAGCAUUAAAUCCUAAAUGGGCCAAGGGUUAUCUUCGAAAAGGUGAUGCAUUACGUGGUGUUGGAAAAUUUGAUGAAGCAAUUCUUGCAUAUUGUCAAAGUUUAGCAAUUGAAAAUGAAAUUGAAACAAUUAAUGCAUUAAAAGAUGGAUUAAAUUAUAGCUCAAUUAAAGGUAAUUUAUCAUUUUCAUUGGACGAAAUUGAAAAUGAUAUGAAUGAUAUAAAAUUGAAUGCAUUUAUAAUUAUUAGUAUGAUUGGUCAAGAAUAUUUAACCAUUGGUCAUAUAACUGAAGCAAUUACAUUACUUCAAUUAGCAUUAAAUAUGAAUGAAGCUAAUGUAGCAUCAUUGGAGUUCAAAUUAUCAGUACUUGGUGCUAUUUCAUUUGCAUAUUAUCAACAAAAAAAUUAUCACCAAGUAAUCAAAUAUUUGGAUAUGCAACUUGAAAUCAGUAAGCAAUUUGGUGAAUUAAACAAACAGUUAACAAUUUAUCGCACUAUCGUACGAAUCGCAUUACUAAACGAUGAAACUAUGCUUGCAAUUAAUUAUCUUCAAAAACAAAUUCAAUUAAAUCAUUCUAAUGAUAUGGAAACAAAUGAUUUACGACUUAAUCUUGCUGAUUUAUACAUUCAACUUGGUAACUAUCAACAUGCAUUACAAAUUCUUGCAGCAAUCACACCUUUGACAUUUCAAAGUAUUCUCAAAAUUGUUAAAAUUGCAUUAGCUAAGAAUGAUAGCGAACUGGCACUAACCUAUUGUAAUAGGUUAGAAGUGAUAAGCAAUACUAUGGAUGAGAAAGUUUUGGCAACAAUGUUGAAAUGCAAAUGUUUUCUACUACAAAAAAAAGCAAUUGUAGCGUUGAAAAUUUUACAAAAUACAAUGGUAGAUUUCAAGAAUGAUAAAAUAACAACGGAAAUUAUUGGACAAUAUUUUGGUAUUUUGAGUGAAUGUCACUUGGCUCUAGGACAAUAUUGUAUGGCAAGAAAAUGGGCCAAAAAAGAGCUAAAAAUCGCAACAAAUAGCGAAUCAUUAAAACUUGAAGCUGAUGCAUUAAAGAAUUUAUCAAAUAUUUAUCAAGCAAUUGAUGAUUAUUCAAACGCUGUAAUUCUAUGGGAUAAAUACUGUCGCAUUAUUAUUGAUCAAGGAAUUGAUAUUCGUCUAAAUGGAUUGCGUCGAUUAGCCGAAUUAUAUCAGAAAUUAAAUCAAUUUAAUGAAGCUGAAAUGGCGCUAUUGGAAAAUUUAAAACUUGCCCAGAAAAUUGGCGCAUAUGCGUUAAUUAUCGAUUCACACACUAAUUUGUAUCAAUUUCAUCGAGCAAUGAAUAGGAAGGAUGAAGCGCAAAAGUAUUGGAAUGAAGCGCAACAAAUAUAUUUGGAGCAUAAGGUGGAAGAGCGAGAAGCUUCAAUUAUUGAAAUAAGUGGCGAUAAUUAUUUUGAUUGCGCUUCCUAUGAGGAUGCUAUUGAUGCAUACAAUCGUUGUUUAAUGAUUGUACAAGAGGAUGAUAAUCUUCAGAAAGAAGCUAAAUUGUGUAUGAAAUUGGGUACAACUCAUUGGCUAUUAUAUCAUCUGGAUGAAGCAUUAGCAUAUUAUCAACAAUCAUUAAGUGUUUAUCAACAAUUAUCUGAUCUGGAAAAUAUGUUGGAAUUAUACAAAGCGAUAGCAAAUAUUCAUUUUAAAAAGGGAAUGAUGGAUGCAUGCCAUUCAUGUUUAAGGUGUUAUUUAACACUUGCCGGUAUAUUAUCAAAAGAGACGGCUCGUUUAAAUGCAUUUAUAUCAAUUGGACGUACAUUAUUAAUUCGUCAACGAUAUAAGGAAGCAAAGAAAAUUUUUAUUAAAGUAUUAAAUUUAACAAAUGAAAAAGAGAAUCAUCGACGUGAACGUGGCCUAAUUUAUGGUUAUAUAGCUGAGUGUUAUCUUGGAAUGAAUGAUAAAUCGAAGGCAUUGCUUAAUUUUUGCAAGCAAAUUCCAUUUUUUGAUGAUAUUGAUGAUAUCGAAGGGAAAUGUGAAACAUUAAGACAUUUGAUUGAAGAGAAACGAUUAAUUAAAGAUGUUAAUUGGACUAUAAAACUUUGCAAUAAUCGAAUUGAGCUAUCACAAAUGGGAUCAAUUGAUUUACAGGUUGAAGUUUUGAAAGAAUCAGCAGAAGUAGCUGAAAGUUUAUCGAAUUUAUGGGAAGCAUGCAAAUUUCUAGAGAAAGCAGUAAUACUAUGUAUUGCUAAUAGAUGUGGAAAUAUUUUAAAUUUAUUAUUAAAUUUAAAAAGUAAAUAUUUGAGAUGUAAUAUAAGAAAACGAGCUAUAAUGCUAUUUCGAGAAUACUUAGAUGCUAUAGGUGGAAUUCAUUCAAAUGAGCAACUUACAAUAUUAUUAGAACUUAGCAAGUUGGAAUUGGAAGAAGGUUUGAUAAGUAAUGCUAUCACACAUAUUAUGGAUGUAAAAGAAAACUGUCAUGAUAAGAAUUUGAAAGCGAUAUGCGAAUAUAUUCUUGCAUGCGCCUAUUAUGAUAAGAGAAAUUACACGGAUUCUUUAUAUCAUAUGCAAAAUUUUGAAAAUUUACAAGGAAAUUUGUCGGCAAAUCAAAAAGAAAUGCUUAAAUUAGAGCUUCUAUUAAUUGAAUGGAAUUGCAAUGCAUCCGAUCAUGUAAUUGAAGUGAUACAAGAUAUUGCUAUGAGAACUGAUUCAUUGAUAAUUCAUCGAAUUUUGGAUGAAUCAUGUUUAUAUGAUUUAUUAAAUAAUGAAAAAUUAUCAAAAAUAUCAGCAAUACAUUGGAUGAUGACAAGGGGUGAUUUUAUCACUGCGAAACAUUUCUUCGUUUUGCAUAAAAAUACUUAUAAAAAUAAUGUUGAAUAUACCGCUGAUAUGGCAUUAUUUUAUUGGAAUGAACAAAAAUUUGAGGAGUGUGCUAAAUUUGUGGAAGAUUAUUUAAAUGAUUAUUUCACGAAAGAUACAGUAGAAGAAAGCGAAGAAUUAUCAUUGAUACGCAUUUAUAAUCGGCAGAGGAUAAUUUUGGAUUUUCUUCAUAUCAUUUUAAUUUUAUGCAAAUAUAUGCUACAUGCGGAUAUUAUAGAAACUGUUACGGUUGCUGAAAUUAAAUUUUGGCGAGAUUAUCAAAAUAGGAAGCCAUUCAUCAAAUACAAUAUUCCGACUAUACAAACUACACGAGAAUGUAUUGAAAAUUUGAAUGAAAGCUUACUGUAUUGCUUACAUUUGGAUUAUUAUAAUCUGAUAUGGUAUUUUAAAGUUGGUAAAAUUGGCAAAUUGUAUUAUUCCCUUGACAAUAUUGCUGCAAGUAAAAUGCCAAUAUUUUUUGCGCAAUUUCUAAAUCAAAUGUUGCAUACUGUUGGUACCAUUUCGUUGUUGACUAAUGACGAAUUCGAAAAGUUAGUAUCUGAAUCGGAAUUUCUGAUAAAUGUAAAGCAUACUGUUGACAUCAAGAAGACACAUUUGAUUGCACUUAAUGAACCGAAAUAUACGAAAAAUCAUGAGGAGCCUGAAAUUGGGAUAUUUUAUGCGGGAAACGAUUCUGCAAAUAUUUCAUGGGAAUAUAUCCGUCCAAAUGAUAGAACUGAUUUUAUUCACAAAAUACAGGUAUCAUCAUUAGUAAUUAUCGAUUUUACAAGAAUGCCUAUUGAUAUUGAUAAUGUUAUCGAUUCCUUCUCCAGUAAUGAUAUCAUUAUUUUAUUAAAUAAUGAAACAGAUGAUACAAUUAUCAAUUUUCGAAUUGCUAAUGCUCGUUGUUUAUUGGAUAUCAAACAACAAUCCAUUGAAUCACUAAUACCAUUUAUUGAAAAGCUUAUUAAUGGAUAUUCGGUGGAAGAAUGCUCAGAAUUAUUACAAUCUGUUAGCGUACGAUUGUUUGGUAAUCGCUCUUCCAAAAUUCGUUGCAGUCGAGCGGAAAAUACAAGGAAGUUGAUUGUUGAUAUGAAUGAUGAACUGCUUGAAAAUUUGGCAAUUAAUGAGAAUGAUCAAAAAGAAAUUGAUCAAUUCAAAGAAUUACCAUUAAAAGUACAGCUUCAUUUGUUGGAUAUGAUGAAGCAACAAGUGAAAACAAAUGAAAUUCAAUCAUUUGUGGAGAAAUUAGAGGAUAUCUAUGAUCAAUGUAAAGAUGUAACAUUAUCGAAUUACUGUGAAGCCGAUGACAAUCUGCAACAAUUAUUUGUUCAAAGAACGCAUGAUGAACAAAUUUUCACUUUAGAAUUUAUCAAACAUCUUUUUAGAGAUCAUCUUUAUGGCACAUAUAACAAUGUGCAAAACUCAAAAUUGGAUAAUCUCGAGGAGUUAGUGAAAUCAUUAGCAAAUAAUGUUCGUGUGACGAGGAAAAAACAACGAAGAAAAUUUAGGACACGUGGAUAUCAUUCUGAAGGCGAAAGCUCUCGUCGCAGUUCUAUAUCGGAAAAUACUGAUUCAGAAGCAGUUGUUAUUGAUGUUAAAUUUGAAGAAUCUGAAUAG